AUGUCCGCCGCCCUGAACAAGAUCGCUGCCAACAGCCCCUCGCGGGCCAACCCCUCCGAGCUGGAGCAGAACAUUGCCCAGGCUCUGUACGACCUCGAGAGCAACACCGCCGACCUCAAGGUCGCCCUCCGCCCUCUGCAGAUCGUCUCUGCCCGCGAGAUCGAGGUCGGCCACGGCAAGAAGGCUAUUGCCAUCUUUGUCCCCGUUCCUUCCCUGCAGGGCUUCCACCGCGUCCAGCAGCGCCUCACCCGUGAGCUCGAGAAGAAGUUCUCCGACCGCCACGUCCUGAUCCUGGCCUCCCGCCGCAUCCUGCCCCGCCCCAAGCGCUCCGCCCGCUCCCGCAACAACCAGACCCAGAAGCGCCCCCGCUCCCGCACUCUCACCGCCGUCCACGACGCCAUCCUCACCGACCUCGUCUACCCCGUCGAGAUCGUCGGCAAGCGCCUCCGCACCAAGGAGGACGGCUCCAAGCUCCUCAAGGUCAUCCUCGACGAGAAGGAACGCGGCGGUGUUGACUACCGCCUCGACACCUACUCCGAGGUCUACCGCAAGCUUACCGGCCGCGGUGUCACCUUCGAGUUCCCCCAGUCCGGCUCCGCCGAGUACUAG